GCGGGAGCGGGGCGCUCAGUGCAGCUGGCGGGGGGCGCCGGCCGCCCGCCAUAAAGUGAAUGGCCAGGGUGAAUGGGAGGCAGUCGGUUGGCGCCCUCCGCCCUUCCCGUGAGCCGCGGGCCGGCAGCAAGGCGCAGAGUGCCCCGGGAGCCGGGGGGAUUUACUUUCUGACGGCGGCAGAGCAGCCCGGGCCGCGGGGCGGGGGCCAGCUUCGCCCCUCUCGCAGGAUUAAGGCCGCCCAGCUGAGCCCGCAUCUGGAGCCGCUAUUCCACCUCUUCUGCCAGCCAUCCCUGCCCCAUGGAUUUCAACCUGCUGGCAGAUGCGGAGGCACGCAGCCCAGCCUUGUCUCUCUCAGACUCUGGAACCCCUCAACACGAGCACAGCUGCAAAGGACAGGACCACAGUGACACUGAGAAGUCCCAGCAAAACCAGACGGACGACUCCAACCCUGAAGACGGCUCACUCAAGAAGAAGCAGCGGCGGCAGAGGACGCACUUCACCAGCCAGCAGCUCCAGGAGCUGGAAGCCACUUUCCAGAGAAACCGUUACCCAGACAUGAGCACCAGGGAGGAGAUUGCAGUCUGGACCAACCUGACGGAGGCACGAGUGCGGGUCUGGUUCAAAAACCGCAGAGCUAAGUGGAGGAAACGGGAGAGGAACCAACAGGCCGAACUGUGCAAGAACAGCUUUGGAGCACAGUUCAAUGGACUGAUGCAGCCUUACGAUGACAUGUAUUCCAGCUAUUCCUACAACAACUGGGCCACCAAGGGGCUCACCACCAGCCCACUCUCAGCCAAAAGCUUCCCAUUCUUCAACUCCAUGAACGUCAGUCCCCUCUCCUCCCAGCCCAUGUUCUCCCCACCCAGCUCCAUCACCUCAAUGACCAUGCCCUCAUCCAUGGUCCCUUCUGCAGUGACCGGAGUACCGGCUUCCAGCCUCAACAAUCUGGGAAACAUCAACAACCUGAAUAGCCCAAGCCUCAACUCUGCUGUCUCAUCCAGUGCCUGUCCUUACGCCUCAACAGCCAGCCCCUACAUGUACAGGGACACAUGCAACUCCAGCCUGGCCAGCCUGCGGCUGAAGGCCAAGCAGCACGCUAACUUCACCUACCCGGCAGUGCAGACAGCAGCUUCCAAUCUGAGCCCUUGCCAAUAUGCCGUAGACAGGCCCGUAUGAAGGGCUGCCCUCCGCCAACCAGGGACUUGACCUUAGCCUGACAAAAGGAGACCUUUAGCCCUACAACAGCGUACGUACUGCAGAGAAUGAGAGUGAACGCAGGAGAGCAAGAGAGUGAGAGAGCAAGAAUGAGAGGCGAGCAGGCAGACGGACCUUUAUGAAGAUUUGUCUAACUAUCGUAUGGUGAAUUUUGACUGUCUUUCCCUUCCCAAACCCCUUCUCCUCUUUGCCCACCAAACCUUCUCCUUUGUGGUAAAGAAACCAAAACAGUCUACUGGAAGCCCUAUGGGGAAAUAGGAGCCCCAACGCGUAGGGUGCCUGACCCACGGGCAGCAGAAUUGAAUGUGUUUCUAUCUGCCCCUCUGAGCCCCACAGGGCUAAUGCCACCCCUCGAAGGAACAGCUAGGAACAGGGCAAUGCAGGCUGCCAUUCGGUGCUUGGAUGACCCCUUCUCCCUGCACACGUGCAAGAUUUCAGAUGGAGACAUCUUGCCCACAUAUUUAUCACACAGCCAGUAAAGAAAGCCUUGUCUCAGUCGGUUGGCAUCAUUCUUUAUAAUGCAUAUAUACACAUAGCCCUUCAGACUUGAAGCCUUUAGGACCUGAGAGUUGUAAGAAUAUGUGUGUGUAUAUAUCUCAUAUAUAUACAAAUACAUAUAUAGACAUUAAAACAUGCUUUUUUGUUCUGUAUAUGAAAUAAUUUACAACGUAGACCUUAAAACCAAAAACCCCAUAAAGCAAGCACAUCCACUGAGGCAAUGUCCUGCCUGUCAUGCUUUACUGCUUCAGUCAUUUCCAGUCAGACAGGAACACUUUUGCCAGUGUACAUCCAAAGCAUCCCCUUUUGCAACGAUCAGCUACCCCCUGCAUAUCUUCCCUUACUUUCCCUUCUCCAAAUCCCAUUUCCAAACAAGGUAAUAAAAUAAAAGUUGGCACAAUCCCUUUAAGGCAUCUG